AAAUUUUAUUAAUUUAUAUAAAAUGUUUCCGGCAUAUGCGCAUUUAUCAGCUUACGAUAGACACAAAAAAAUAAUAAAUGAUUAUUUUUUAUUAAAAGGAGGUUCUGCACUAAACCUCAAACGAGACACGUCCCGGGAUAAAACUGAUUACGAUGUCAUCAAGGAGAACCACAGAUUUCUUUGGGAUGAAGAACAGGAUACUCCAGACACUUGGGAAGCCCGACUUGCCAAAAAAUAUUACGAUAAAUUAUUUAAGGAAUAUUGUAUUUGUGACCUGACUUAUUAUAAAUAUAACAAGGUGGCUUUAAGAUGGAGAACAGAACAAGAAGUUGUUGUCGGAAAAGGUCAAUUUGAAUGUGGAAGUAAAAAAUGUCAGACUAAAGAACAAUUAAAGUCAUGGGAAGUUAAUUUUGGUUAUGAAGAAAGAGGAGAAAAGAAGAAUGCUUUAGUUAAAUUACGAUUGUGUCCUGAGUGUUCAGUAAAGCUCAAUUAUCGAUUUCAAAAGAAAGAAGUUCAUAAAAAAAAGAAAGAAUUAAAACGUUUAGGUACAGCGCCGCGUCAAUUAAAAACUCAAUCAAAUGCAUCCAGCUCAACGGAAAGUCCAGAAAUUACUGUAAAAAUAGAACCAGAAGAAGAUGACAAUAAAGAAAUUUCUGGAAAUAAUGCGUCGGAAAUUUGGAAGGGUAAUGUCUCUGAAAGUGUUGAAAAAUCACGUGAAGAAGAAUUUGAAGAGUAUCUUGCUGAUCUUUUAUUAUAAUUGAUUUUUUAAAAUGUAAAUCUAAUAAAUUAUUUUUGUCAAUCAAUAAUUAAAUAAUAUAAUAAACACGAUACAAGUUUGUUAAAUUUCUGUCUAAUUUUACUAG